CGACCAUACAGAUCACACAAGUUUCCUGCUUGCACCGCUUGUCGCCAACGUAAGAUCCGCUGCCACUUUGAUCAAGUCGCGUUGAUCUGCACUCUCUGUCGGGAAAAGGGCUGGCAAUGCAUUACUGCCUCUCCUGCUCCAAGUGCACAGAAACGUGAUCGCUCUUCUACGGCGGGUCCAUCGGAAAGACCUGCCAAACGUACUGUACAGAGCAUAGGUUCUGCGAGUGCUGGCUCACCACAAGUCCCGCCUAGACGGCCUUCUCGCCAGGGCUCUACCAUUGGCACUCCUGCUGAAGCCUCUGCCGAGAUUGCACAACCCCUGGAUCACCCAAGUACUGAGUCGACCGUGAUUGUGGGUCCUGUGUUCCAAGAGGAUAUCCAGAUUCUAGGACCGUAUCUUUCCAAAGGAGAUGGACCAAGACAGUCAUCCAAAGAACGGCAAACCACUACAGCUGGACCGAGUCGCAAUCCGCUCUUGUAUCUGUCCGUCCCUCGUCGCCGGCGAGGUCUCCAGCCGGCUAAAGAUCCUGGCUCUAAUCAGAAACUUGUGUUGCAACAUCUUGUAGGGCCAUUUGCCGAUGAGCUGGUUGAUUUAUAUUUUGAAUAUGCCCAUCCUUGCUUUCCUAUCCUUGACGAGCUGGCUAUCAAGAAACAUGGAGCGACUGGCAUCUCUUCCACAUUAUGGUCCUAUAUCAUCACCAACGCCUUGUCUUCCUGGGAUCGAUCACCCAAAUUACGGAAUCAUCCUCGACCCGAUCCUAUCUACGCUUGCAAUGUCGCUGUUGCUGCGUUACAAGAGGACUUCAACGAGUCCAGUGUCUCGACCAUUUUAAGCAGUGUGCUUGACAUGAUCGGUCGACCUGUGAAUUCCAUCGUUGGCAACAUUAUCAACGAAGGUCGAACGCUGGCUCUUGCUCAUACCUUUGGUAUGAACCGCAACCCCACGAAUUGGGGUUGUUCAGACCACGAGAAACGAUUAAGGAUACGGACAUGGUGGGCUGUCUUAAUCAGCAACAGGAUGUCUACGCUAGCUCAUGGAACCCCGGCUACUCUCACAAAGGGUCAACAUGAUGUACCUCUUCCGACACAUGCGAUGCUCUUGACACCAGGCAAGGACAAUGUUUAUCGUGAGCAAGGCGCAGAGCAUUUCAUUCAGCUUUGCAAGUUAUCCGAAAUUUUGGGUGACAUUCUACAAAUUGCUGGUGAUCUCCGCCGUCCUUUCGAUAUCAAGAUUCCACGUGAACUACGAAGACUCGAGUGUGACCUAGAUCAGUGGGAUACCGACUUGCCACAAUAUCUCACUCAGCCACUGGAAGAGGGAAAAGGGCCUGGAGCAUGUAACUUGCACUUCUGCUUUCUGUCAACCAAGCUCAUGCUCGCCCGGACAGCGCUAAAGGUGUGUUUAACCUCUUUUGCCGAUGAGAUCAGCGAACAUCUUCGAUAUCGUCUCUCUGUGUUACGCAGCUCGGCACGCGAGAUAUCAGACUUUGUUUGUGCUCUGACAAGCCAAAAUCUGGCCGAGUUUUGGUUGCCAUAUACGGCGCAUCUACUCGCAUCUUCAGCCAUGAUACUGCUCCGCUGCACGAUUGAAACCACCGACCCUGCCGCCCGUGAAACCUGCAAAAGCAGUCUCGAAUCCCUACGCAAACGCCUUCGCUCCGCCCGCGACGACUCUGACUGGGAUCUCGCCGACAUCUUCCUCAACCAAUGCGACGAACCAAUCUCUCGAGUCAUUACCAAAUUGUGUUCUUCUGUGUCUUCCACAGCGCCUGCCGCCGCCGCUUCUCCC